CGUCAAUGUACUUGCCUCCGAACUUCCGUGCAGGCCAAUUCGUGGGUUCCGCCGUAUUGACCGGCAGGUCUUAUCCAUAGAUGCAGCCUCUGGCAGCUUCCGUGCCUACCUACCUAUGGCUGGGUCCCUUUUGGGGGAGCUCUUCCCCUUCCCUCCUUCGUGUUUACCCUCACCUCCACCAACCUUCAUCGCGUCACCCUCACCAACCUACACACUCUUCCACUCGUGGUGCUUCCAUCCAGCAAACACUGCCAAUUCGCUUGCUGCUUCAAACCCCAGCGCUCGCUAAUCGAACCCUUCUCGGCAUCGAAACUUGUCGCAGUCCAAUCGCUAUAUCUCCACUAAUAACGCCUGGGACGAUCCCCCCACCCCCCGAAGCGAAGCCUACGACACGGCGUUUGAGACGCUCCCAGGUAGCAUCGGACGUUCAUCGAGCCAUUUUGAAGAUCCCGAAACACAAUUUCGAAACGCGACCUCGAAACCGGCGUAAUGGCGAUAGAAUAUAGGGCGAGGGCAUUCGCUGUGCCCUCGUUCUCGGCAAUUGUAGCACUCAGCUUCUUCGGCACCAUGGCGGAAGCCCACGAUCACGACGGUGGCCACAUCCCCGAGGGUCAAACCGUCUCCCUCAAGCCUCUGGACACGAUCCUAUGGAUUCACAUCUUCACACAGAUGCUCGCCUACGGCGUCAUUUUCCCAAUUGGCAUGGUCCUGGGUAUGACCAAAAACCGAUGGCAUGUCCCGACGCAGGCCGUUGGUACAAUCCUCGCGAUACUGGGCUUCUUCUUGGGCCACGCACACAAGGGCCGUGAAUUCAUCCCCAAUCACGUCCACCGAACAUUCGCCCACAUCCUCCAGCUGCUCCUCGCCGCGCAGGUAUUUCUGGGCAUCUACCUUAGGGGCCACUGGGAGAAGGGCAUCCAUGGCAAGAUUCGGAAAAUCGUCCGGCCAUUUCACUCCAUAUUUGGAAAGCUUAUGCCGCUCCUGGCAUGGACGCAGAUGGUCUUUGGUGGCAUCACAGCCCUCGGCUUCUGCCAGGGAGACCACCUCGGCCAAUGUGCGGCUCACUUCAUUAUGGGCGGUGCCUUCAUCGGCUACGGAAUUAUCCUCACUCUCAUCCUCAUGGUCGGCCAGAUUUGGAUCCGAAACCGGGGACGAUCCCAGGAAUUCUAUGACAGCGCCUUCAUUGCCGCCUGGGGUUGUGUCAACACGUUUACGGAACACCGCUGGGGAACUGAUUGGGUCAAGAAUGAUUGGCAACACACCACCAUGGGAAUCAUAUGGUGGGCUGCCGGUUUAGUUGGCGUCUGGCUCAGUAGAGAUCGUGACGGAAACCCGAAGCGCAACUUCAUUCCUGGCUUCGUCAUCUUGAUCACUGGCUGGGGCAUGUCCGCACACCCACAACAGCUGAUGGUCAGUGCUGCGACACACACCAUGUUUGGCUACACUCUCAUGGGUGUUGGUAUUACUCGGAUUAUCGAGAUUGCUUUUGUGCUCAAGGAUGCGCAUUCCAUUGCCGAUGACGGACGCUCAAUCAACAGCUUCCAGUAUAUUCCUGUUUUCCUGUUGUACGCCUCUGGAUUCUUGUUCAUGGGUGCCACUGAGGAGCAGAUGGCCCUUGUGGAUGGCUCCCGCAUGGACCAUGUCUCUUACAUUCUGAUCCUCUUCUCCAUGGCCUCCCUCGUCUUCCUCUUCGCCAACAUGCUCAUCCAUCUCUGGGAUCGUCUCGCGAACCCAAUUAUGAAUGGAAAGGAUUUCAGUCACGAAUACACCCACAUUAACGGCCAUCCCGUGGAGGAUGGACAGGCUCAGGAUGCUCAGGAAUUUGAGCUGGACGGAUUGGUGAGCGAUGAUGAAGAUGACGGUCGGAGAAUGCAGGGCCGGAGGAGCAUGGAUAGCACAAGCCCCGACACGCCAAGCACAUUGGGUAAGAACAACGAGACACGAGUUCGGUGAGAUGUUCUGCAAUGGGAACGAGGGGACGAAUUUUGGAUAACGGUUUCAAGAGGAAGCAUUUUGCUCCCGGGCGUCUUGGCGUGGAUUUGGAUAUCCACUGCGAUUUGUUGGCCGUUCUCAUAAUACUACCACAUUUUGAACAUACAUAGAUUGUAUUAUAAGGGAAAAGUUAUGAAA